CGCAAGAGGCUGUAUCAAUCCUCAUAUUCGCUUUCCCUUGGUCUUCAACGGAAAUGCGGUCGGCAAACCCAACUCCCAUGAGACUGAGCCUUGACAUGCACACCCUUUGGGUCAGGCUGGACACACGAAUAUAAGUAGAGCAUGAUGCUCGUAGCAAUGUAGCUGGAUCAGCCUGAGACCAUCCCCGCCUCCUGAAAUCUAUCUACAUCAGCCGGAGUUUUCCAGUCAAGUUUCCUCCAACGCCUACGCUUCAUUUCUCUUGGAAUUGAUACCCUCUUGCCUUCGCCACUAUGUCUUCGUUCACUUUACAGAAAGUACUGCUAUCCCUACUGCUCCUAGCAAACGUUGCUAUUGCUGUCCGCUUCAGUUUCACCAUCCAGGAAGUACACGUUGGGGUCACCCGUGACGUCUCCGAAGACGACUUGCUUUUAGCCAUCGCCUCAACGGCAGACAACACCACCACCAAGAACUCCUGGCUUGUUGGCGAGGUUCACGCCGACGAUAUCAUUGCGGCAAACGACACCGUCAAAUACGUGCAGGAAGUCGACGUUCCGGACUCUGCCUCGAACCUGUCCGUAGCCAUUGGCGGCCUGAACACAGAUGACGAAGACGAGGAAUUGGCUUUCAAUUUUGUGGAAGGCAUAGCCGCCGUCGCUGCCGCAAUCCCAGGACCGCAAGCCAUACCGGCCAGACUCCUCAGCACCGUGCUUGGAUUCAUCGGAAACCCACUGAACUGCACUGGUCCCGUUAUAGUCGGUAAUGCCCUGUAUACCAAAGACCAGAUGGACAAGCUCGAGCAAAACAAGCCCUCAUGCGAGACAAAGUCGUACGGAUACGAAAGUCCAUUCGCUUGUGCCCCUACCGGUCAAAAUUCGAGCUACAGUGUUACUUACUGCCUUGAGCGACUUGACGCUAAAUCCGCAGCAGCAGCCAGCUCACCGAGUCUGUUUGCGCUGGUAGCGAGCCUUGUGGUUGCUAUCGUCUACAGUGGUUUGUGAAAGUGCAGUCGAGGUGUUGAAUCGAACACUGCAAAGGAAGCUCGCUGAGAUAGACUCAGGCUCAUUGAGGAUACUUGCGUUUCACGAAAAGGCGGAGGAAGGCUCGGCAGGUGCGAAGUCACUCAGAAUGUCACAACCUCUUCCUUUGGCUCCUUUAUUCUCCUUCGUAGAUAUUGGCCUCGUGAUUGACAGAUACACCGUCGCUAUAGCAAAAUACUAGAACUCUUUUUUUGUCGAACAGGUCGUAGAAAUAUCAGAGUUGA